GUCUUGUACUCGUCCGGAACAAGCUUGGCCUCGUUUCCAUCCGAAGGCCUGGUGAUAAAACAGAAGCUGAAUCAUCAGGGAAACGAGGUUGUGACGGGAGAAACUAAAACCGAAGAAGAUGUGGCGAUCUUGGGUCUUUAUCAGGUACCAGGACUCUCGAGUGGCAGGUUUGCAUUGUAUGGUGACUCCAACUGCCUGGACAAUGCACACAUGGAAAAAGGUAUUGGAAUCCUUCCUCCAUAGAAAGGAUGUAUCAUUGCAGUGCAUCUCUUGAACAUAAUUGGUUCCAGGAGCCAUACAUUUUCUUAUUGGAAAAAAAAAAAACGCUUGUUAAUACGCUUAACGGCCAGGUUUUUAAAAUCAGAAACAGUAGAAUCUUUUAGAAUUUCACCCCAUUUAAUACUUUUACUUAUUCGAAAUUUAGAAAAUCAAAAUGCGUGUGACACGUCAUUUUGAUUGACCAAGUAGGCUAAACCUGUUCUUGCUUUGUUUUUAGGCUAAAAUGCAUUUCAGGCGGUUUAAUACCCGAUAUUUAAGACUGUUCUAUGUUCUGAAGGAAAGUUUCAAGUAGUUUUUACAGUUACUGUACGCAAUAUCUACAUUCCGGAUAGUUGUCACUCGAGGAGUACGAAUGCGAUGUAUAGCGCAUUGGUCGUAACGGCCUCAAGUCAUGAAAUUUGACCGUGUCCCCGGUAAUACGGCCACCCCGUUGAUUCGGCCUGUGGUUUUUUUUUUUUUUUUGUUUGUUUUUUUUUUUUAACCCAUUUUUGACCGCAUUAACGGGGUUCCACUGUAUACAUGUAUGAAUUGGAGUUAUUGCGUGGCUGCCAAUGUCAAUUUUAGCGUGGGUUACGUAGUGUGGACCGACACGCGUCCGGUCAUCAAGACCUUUUGUAGCAGGUUACAUCAUAACAUCAUACAACAUGAAACACGUGGUUACAUUUUUGAAUGACAGACAAAGGGAUGUGCUUACUGUUUUUCCUUUUUUUGUUGACAGAUUGUUUUUGGCUUUUGGACCUGCUGUUGGACUUCACUUCAAACAAAAUAUUAUCUCCCAUACUAAAAGAUCUAGACAGCGGCCCUCCCAAACCCUCCGAAUCAGUACCUGAAAGAAUGGACGGUGAGAGUGAUAGAACACUUAGAGUAUAAACAUUAUGCAUGGCCAUUUUAGCGUCAGUUUAUAUACGAGCCUUCGUCUCCGUCAUGCUAUCUUUAGAAGCAUGAGUAGCGAUAACGACGACCCUAGUGAAAAUAUUUCCUAAUUAAAAUUGCCUUUGUUGUGUUUGUUGCUUGCUUCCGAUUAUUUAAAGUCUUUGAACUUAUUGAAAAUUGUAAUUCUUAUUAAAAACAACGUUUUGAGUCACAAGAAACCACUAUUUCCUUUUACGGUUAUUCUCCCCACAAAAUACAAAAUUUGAACAGUAUUGUUAAAAAGAAAAAUAUUCUUACUCAUGAAAGUAAGAACUGAAUAAGCCUCUUCAUCCAUAUUCUUUGUUGGUGGUUUUCAGGAAGUCACCUUCAUAAAUACUCAAAAGUACUGGACUCAACUCAACUUGGAGCCAUUGAGACUGUCCCUUUACCAGAAUGUCCCGCGCAGGCGUGGAGCAAACCAGAGCCCCUCAAUAUAACGGCCCCUGAGAACCUUCACAAGCAAAGAUGGCUCCUAUCAAUUAAUCUUGAUCAGGUAGGUGCUUGUUUGUCACUCUCUUGUAUCUUGGCCUCUGCCUGCAAAACAUUUGCAGUGAAAACAUUGUGUUGAGAGUAACUUUACAGGGCGAGUGUAUGGUGAAGUCAAGGUAUAAUCCCGCCAAAACUCAGUACCGAGAAAAUGAAAAAAUACGUCCAGUCUUGAGGUCCUUUUCUACACUUACAUUAAAGAUAAAAGUACUCCCGCUCAAGCUUUUGGUUGGCUCUUUGCAUGAUGAGCCGAGAAAGCCAAACGUGUCAACGAUUAUCUUUCGUUAAGGCACUUGCUUUGUUAUAUGAGAGUUGUACUCUAAUUUCUGUGUGAAUUUCGGAAGUCGGUCAAGUAUUCUCCCGUUUGUCCCAGUAACUAUAAUGAUAAGCAAUCAUUGGAUUCCGCUUUCGAUCGAGGAGGGUGUUAUUCCCAUUCUAAAUAAUCCCAAAAAUCAGACUUACCUCGAUCGAUGUUAAGUUCCCGUCUUCAAUUGCAUCGUUACACUUGGUAGUUAAAGAACGUAAGAAAAGGCUAGGUGGCUCGCGAGGCUGGAAUAUUGACUACUAUUGUUUUUUCUGUUGCCUAGCUACCCGUGAUCGUCCCGCGUCACGUGCAGCGAGUAGCACCGUACCCGGAUGUAGGUGAUUCAGACCCUGAAGAACUCCCUGUUGCAAGUCAUAUGAGCGUAAUGUCCACCCUCCCAAUGUACGUGGUACUGUUCACAGCAAUGGUUGUUUUGUAUUGCGUUGUUCUUUCGUGUCGAGCGCAUCGUAAACCACGAGCUAAGAAAGGCAAACCUCCUAAAGCAGCGCGCCUGGCCGUACCGAGGACCAAACUGCCCUACGUGUGA